AUGGCCAUUACAUUGCUAAUAAUGCUUAUUUUAUCACCAAAGUCAACACUAUCUCGUACUAUCGUACUACUAGCAUCCAAGAACAGACCUAUUGCUUCCCGCCAGUCAUGUAACAAACCAGCUGGACAUAUCACAAGCAGUGGCCAGUCAGAAUCGUAG